UCUUCUUGUAGCUACGACUAGUUUGAACCUUUCGAAAAUAAUAAUGAGUGUCCCAUUAAAAAUAUGGCUUCUGAAACAAUACAACAAAUAAAAAAAUUCCUUGUUGUGUGUCAAGGAUGUUAUAUGACUCUCACCACCUGAUGUUUUAAUAUUGUACAGAAGGCUGCAAUUUUAUUAAACAGGGUUUUGGUUUCUUCAUAAUUCUGGUUGUCGUAAGCCUCUUUUUACAGGAAAUUUAUUAUAAUGUUCCAAACUUUGUUGGACCUCAGGGAAUAAAGGAAAUUAAAUCUCUUUGCAGCACUUACUUUCCCAUUCAUCUUCACCCUAAAAUCACGAUGGUUCAAGAGCACUUGAUAGAGUGUUGAAAAAAACACUCCGUUUUAUUCGUUUGCAUUUCAACUACGCUCCCUCAUAAAACUAAAUACAUUUCUUUGAAAAUUAUAUCCAAGCAAAUAAUAUAUGCAUCUCUUUGUUGCACCGCUCAAUAAUUACUUAUCUAUUAUUCUUUUAAAAGUGAUCACAGUUAAUUUGCGUGUUCUCUGCCGAUGUUCUCUUUGAUUAAAAAUUCAUUCAACUUACUUUAAUUAUGAAGAAACGCACUUACAAAGGGGAUACGAUACAUAUUGAUGUAGAACUUACAAUGAAUCGCCAGUUUUGUUGAGCACUAUGACAGUGGAUUAAUCGAGGUCCUUGUGUAACGAUGGAAAAUCCAAACAAGCAAAGUUUUACCAUUAAUUUAAAACUGAUGAAAAUUGUUCGAUGGUAUCCUCCAAAUCAGUCGACGUUUAAUCGAUUACAAGGUUACGUUAUAUAUAUUUUUUUCUCGUUUUUGCCUUCUCGCUGGUGGGUGUUGACAUGUGUGUACGAAGAGGAUACGACAUGAUGCAAGCUAUCUUUGUUUGCGAAGGGAUUUUCUUCGCGUUUAAGUUUUUGCCUAUGUUUAGAAAGGGAGAGCGAAUAAAACGCUGCAUCAGUUACUUUGAUGGUGUGGAAUAUGGGCCACAAGAUAAAACAGAGCAACAAAUUCUCAACAACAGUGUGGUCCUGUGUCAAAUAAUAACGAAAUUUUAUAUUAUUUGUAUUUCGUCUUGUCAAGUGUUGUUUUUAUUGCCGGCAUUGUUCUCCAGUGGAUAUGAAUUGCCGUUGCGGAUGUGGUUACCCUAUUCUACCACUUCGAGUUUAAUAAAUUAUUACGCUACGUAUGCUUAUAUCUGGACUGUUAUUUCCUACUGUGCUUUGACUAACGCAUCACUUGAUCCAUUGAUAGGAGGACUUAUGUUUCAAGCUGUGAGUCAGUUGAAAAUUUUGAAACACAGAAUACAGAAUCCUGAAAACUUCGACCAAGAUACGUUCCAUGCGACUUUGCUUGAAAAUUAUAUUUACCAAAGGGUAGUGGAAUGUAUAAAGUAUCACACUGAAAUACUAAAUUUUAUCAACGAAGUCGAUCAAUGUUUUUCUUGGUGUGUGUUCAAUCAAUUCAGUGGAACAGCAUCUUUACUAUGUUUCCUCAUCACGGCAAUUCUUACGGUUCCCGUUACAAGCAUAGAUGGAAUGCAAUACAUUGUAUUCUUUUUCCUCAUACUCUCCCAAGUACUAUUUUACUGCUAUUUUGGAACACUUUUGUUUGAAGAGAGCGACAAGCUUGUCACAGCUUCUUAUUUAAGCCAUUGGUACGAGUACACUCUGGAAACACAAAAACUGUACCUUACUUUAAUGGAACGAUCUCAGCGGCCUAUAAUUCUUUCAGCUGGAGGGUUAUUAGAUUUAACGCUAAAUACUUUUACUGCGAUACUGAAAAAAAGCUAUUCUGUGGUGGCUGUUCUAAAAUAAGGAUGUUUAUUCUUAACCAGAAAAUAAAUUCACUUUUGCUUAGGACCCGCCACUGAUUAAUUGAUACGUGGAAAUAAUGUUCACAAAAUUAUAACAGAACAUUUAAAAUUCGUAAGUAUUUAACGAAAUUUUCUUAUCCAAAAAUGAGAACGUAAAAAUGCUUAAUGACACAUUUCUGCGUACUGUGAAGGCUACAGAAAUUUUCAAAAACCAGGUGAUGAACAAUUUAGUUAAUUUUAUUUAAAAACUAGUGGGUAUAUCAAAAUAUUAAAAGCAACUUUGGUUUAAGACUUCGUCGAAUUUGAUAAAAAUAAAAAAAAUGUUUAUAUUAAAUUACCUUGAUAUGUAGAUUUUCAACAGAACUAUAAAUUGAAAGAUAUUAAUAACUUAACUUAAACUUAACAAAUACUGUAAUAAGAGCAACACUUUUUUUUUAAAUAGUACAUAUUCGUAGAUUUAUGCAUACACUUGAACAUUAUCUCCACAAUUAGCACUAGUAGCGUAUUCCAUUUAUGUACAAUGCAGAUUAAAAUAUGGCCUAAUAUUCUGUGGAAAUUCAAAUGAUGUCUUCAGAAUAUUUAUUUUUCAAAAGCAGUACAUUAGAACAAUCUUUAAUCUGCAUAAAACUGAAACUUGUAAAGUUUAUUUUAUAAAACACAAUAUACGAACCCUCUCUAGUCUGUACAUAUAUGAGUCUGUAGUAUUUAUACCUAUUAAACAAGAAAGAUGUAUUUAGUGACCUCGGUAAAAUCGAA